AUGUUAUUUUUUCUGAUCGUUAUUCUAUUUUAUCAUCAUGUAACAGAUGCGCAAACACCUUGUGCUAUGUCAUCGAUAGGUGGAGCAAAUUCCUUGCGUGUUAUGUCCUAUAAUAUUCGAUAUGAUAAAGCUGCAGAUGGAAUAAAUCGAUGGUCAGUCCGUAAACAGAAUGUCUUUAAUCUUAUUCGAACUCGUGCACCUGAUAUAUUUGGUCUUCAAGAAGCUCUUCGUGGACAAAUAUCUGAUUUAAAAUAUAACUUACCACAUUAUAAUUAUUACGGUGUAGGUGAUAGAGAUGGUAAAACUAGUGGAGAAUUUGUUCCUAUAUUUUAUCGUUCUGAUCGUUUUGAUUUACUUGAUAAUGGUACGUUUUGGCUUUCGAAUACACCAACAAAACCUGGUAGUGAAGGUUGGGAUGGAGCUGAUACACGAAUAUGUAGUUGGGUUAAAUUACGUGAUCGACAAACCUAUGAAAUUUUCUAUCAUUUUAAUACACAUUUUGCUAGUAAAGGACGCAUUGCUCGUUUAGAAAGUGCUCGUCUUAUUCUAAUUCAAAUAAUGUUAAUAACUGGAUAUUCAAUACCUAUAAUAUUGACAGGAGAUCUUAAUGCAUCGCCUUAUUCAGAUGUUUAUCAUACAAUAACUACAAAUACUCCUUUGAAAGAUAGCAAAAUUCUAUCACAACGAUCUCAUUGUGGUCCAGAUCGUACAUUUUCUACUUUUUUUGUCGAUUAUGGAAUGGUCAAAUGUAUUGAUCAUAUUUUUAUUACAUCACAAUAUUUCAAUAUAUUACAGCAUGGAACUUUAAAUGAUUCCAAUAAUGGAUUCUAUCCAUCUGAUCAUUUACCUGUAUUGACUGAAAUAACUUUUAAAAAAUAA